UCCACUAUAGGUGUCCUUGAAGGCGGCGACCGAACGUCGGAGGGCGUGCCGGCCACGCCGACGGAGCUCGUCUGGCUUCCCGACCGCAACACGCCGGACCUCGUGUACUACCAGUCCCUCUACGACCCCAAGAUGGGGUGGAAGAUUCAGGUGGUCGACGGCGGCCUCAGCGACAUGUACAACAACAGCGUGCUGCUGGACGAUCAGCAGGUGACAUUCUUCUGGACUCUCUCCGGAGACUCCAUCAACAUCGCCGCCCGCGGCGAGAAGAAGAGCGGGUACAUCGCCAUCGGCUUCGGCAGCGCAAUGGUGAACAGCUACGCCUACGUCGGGUGGGUCGACGGCAACGGCACCGGACAUGUCAACUCGUACUGGAUCGACGGGAAGGACGGCAUGAGCGUGCACGAGACGCACGAGAACCUCACCUACAAGAGGUGCCGGUCGGAGAACGGCGUGAUCGUAUUCGAGUUCACCCGGCCAUUGGCACCUUCCUGCACCGGAAGGGUGGAGUGCAAGAACAUCAUCGAUCCCUCAACACCUCUCAAGGUCAUCUGGGCCAUGGGCUCCCAGUGGUCAUCUGGCCGACUGAGCGUGAAGAACAUGCACUCUGUCACCAGCAACCGUCCGGUCCGAAUCCUUCUGCUCAGCGGCUUGGCCGAGGCGGUGGAGGAUCUGCGGCCGGUGCUCGCCGUUCAUGGCUUCAUGAUGUUUGUGGCAUGGGGAUUGUUGCUUCCAGGAGGAAUCGUGGCGGCGCGGUACCUGAAGCAUGUCAAAGGGGAUCUCUGGUUCCAGGCUCACACAUAUCUUCAGUACUCUGGCCUGGCUGUCAUGUUCAUGGGGGUUCUCUUCGCCGUCGCCGAGCUCCGGGGUUUCUCUUUCAAAUCGACACACGCUAAAAUCGGCGCGAUAGCAUUUACAUUCACGUGUAUGCAGCCGAUAAAUGCUUAUCUCCGACCACACCGAGCGGAGAAUGGAGAAAUUCUACCAAGAAACAGGAUCAUCUGGGAAUACCUGCAUACCUACACGGGGAGGGCUGCUCUGGUGGCCGCUGUCACCGCACUCUUCACCGGGUUGCAGCAUCUUGGGCACAGGUACGGCAGCAAGACGAUCAAGGGGCUUACAUGUGGAUUGGUUGUAUGGGUUGUGAGUGGUGUGUUGGUGGUGGCUUACCUCGAGUACACGAAGGUUAAGCGAAGAAGAGAUGGCGCCGAUGGCCUUACGCACAAAUUUGUGCUUGGCAACACUGAGGAAGACGAUUCAGUUGAUCUUCUGCAGUCCGAUAGGUUCGACAGUAAACUGGACUCUGGUUCGCCUGGAUCGAUGGAAGUGCAGCUUGAGCCACUCAAAGGAUGAAUAUACCCUUUUUCUAUAUAUUUGUAGUACAUAUAUCAACAUAAAGGAUUUUAGUUCAGAUUCUUUAUAGAUAGAACAAAGUGGAGAUAUACUAUACAUCUCGAGGUAGAAGGAUUUUACUUGGGGUGCUCUAUUGAUGAAAGGAGUUGCAGGAGCUCCUCUUUGACUGCAGGAGAGGUAUUAUCAUGCUGCCACAUGGCUUAGAAUAGGUGCUCUGUUUCUCAUCUUUUUGAGCAUAGGUCUUGUUCUUUUUUCCUAAUCUUCUAACUUAGUGACUGGUAUGUAUAUCUGUACACUUUUGGUAUAUACUUCAAAGAGAAGAUUACUUA